ACGGCAUUUCCUUGUUUUUCCUGCUGCACUCCCGCCCGGCUUUCAGCGUUUGCGGUUCUCACAGUGCUGCCUCAGCCAUCUGUGUCACCUUGGUUGGCGAGAUUGGCCGUCGAUACAUGUCCUGUGAUUAGGUGGAACAUAACCGCCAUGCCAGGUCGGAGGCCAUACCGGCAAGUCAUCGACGGUGUGCCGAGGUGCCCAGUAGUCAAUCCGGAUAUAUUUCGAAAAAGUCUCUCUUUCCGCGCUGCCAAGGGUGACGUCGUGCAGAGCACCUACCCCAAAAGUGGGUCCCAUUGGAUUCAGUACAUCAUGCAGCUAAUACUGAACGGAGGAAAACCCAUAAGCUCCUACGACGAGUUCACCCGCAACUUCCGGGCAAUCGAGUAUGUGGACACUGAUGGCUGGGAGUCACCUCUACCCGAGAGACUGUUCAUGACGCAUCAGCCACUCAUCCGAGAGAUUAUGAACAAGGAGGCCAAGUACAUCUACAUCGCUCGAAACCCAUGGGACGUCUGCGUCUCGCAGUUUCGCAUGACCACAGACCUCAGCAGCUCGCACUUCGAGGACGGCACAUUCGAAGAGUUCUUCCAACCCUUCAUCGAGGGAGACUUGGGUUACGGGAGCUACUUUGGCCACGUGGCGUCCGCAUACGCCAUCAAAGACGAACCGAACGUGUUCUUCGUGACUUACGAAGAGCUCAAGAAGGACAUUAAAGGGACAGUUUUGAGACUGGCUAGGUUCCUGGGUGAGAGAUACGAGAAGUCCCUGCUGGAAGACUCGCAAAUGCUGCAAAGUAUCCUGGAAUGGUCGAAACCUGAACACAUGAAGAAAGUCAUCGUAUUUAAUCUCAAUGGAAACGAGACGCCGGAAUGGAACGAUCUCUUUGUCAGGAAUAAGAUUACGAGUAAGGAAGGCUACAAUGGAGACAAAACAAAGUACGCGCUAGUAAAAGAAGCCAAAGUAGGAGGCUGGAAAGAAUAUUUCACUCCUGAACUACUUGCCCGUUUCGAGAAGAAAAUACUUGAAGAAGGGGAUAAGGCAUCGUUUAUGGAGAUGUGGAAAGACAUUCGAAUGGAGGCCUUCACAUUAUCCUGCCGAUCUGCGGAGUACCAGGACUCUUCCGUACCUUAAUCCAGAGUUGCUACCGCGUAUUUCGAACAUGGAAAGGAGGAACUGCACCAACAGUUUCUUCGAAGGAUUAUUGUUGUAAAAAAUUCCAUGACUUUGUCAGAAGUCUGUUUGUGUAAACACUAAUCUCCCUGAAGCCUACAGUCACCUCGCCUCCCCAUGGAAGGAUUGCCUUGAUGGACAUAGCCUAUUUCUGAGGUUCUCAUUGAGGUUUGAGAAAGUAUACUAUAAAAAGCGCCCUCACGUGCGGAAGUCGGUCAUAUAGCUUUGCUGUACUGCAGAAGACGUCGUAUUGAAUGAGUGAGUUGGCACAAACACA